AUGGGUCCCAAUGUGAAGGACAAUCCAAUGCCAAGUCAUGGUCCUUCAUCAGUGAACAAUAUAGAAGUUUGUCUCAAUGAACAACGUGUUUCAAAGAUAAAGGAGAUUCAGCGGUCUUUGGUUGAAAUUCAUUCUGUUUUAUGUGCUCAUGGUCUAUUCCAACAUGACCACCAGAUUUGUGGUACAUGUUCAGUCAAUUCAAGAGGUUGUAGGAAGAUUCCAGAUGAUUUGCAAGGCGUCCUUGAUCAGGGUUUGAUUCAGAUUUCUAGACAAGUGAGUUCUCCAGAAUCACAAGAACAAGAAGUGAAUGUCAUCAUUCCUUGUUUCAACAUUCCAGAGAAAGUAGAGAUAGCUUAUCAUCCGAGGGAGCCGGUGGUGAUUUUCCCUCCGGGCCCAAUGCCUUACAAUUCAGAUAAAGCGGUCCCCUACCGCUAUGCAGCAACUAUUAUUGAGAACGGUAAAGAGGUCGAGAUUAAAACCUUAGCCUCAGUUACCAAUAUCGCAGCAAAUAGCCGAAUGACGCGCAGUGGUCGCGUGUUCGCUCCGCCGGUUAUCCCAAGUAGAAAUGUUGAGAAAGAUCCAGUAGUCGUGGUACCAGUGACAAGAGAAGCAGAAGGGCAAACAAGCAAUUCAACCCUUGCCAAAGAAACAGAUGAACUACUCAGAAUUAUCAAGCUCAGUGACUACAAAGUGGAUAUAACAGCAGAGCAGUUCAACAAUGUUGUAGGCAGCAUCACUUCAUGCAAUGUCUUAGGCUUUUGUGAUGAAGAACUGCCAGAAGAAGGAAAGAAUCACAACUUCGCUCUCCAUAUCUCAGCCAAUUGUCAAGGGGAUUCUUUGUCUAAUAUCCUAACUGACACCGGUUCAUCUCUGAAUGUCAUGCCCAAGUCUACCUUGUUGAAGCUAAAGUACAAAGGGGGGCAAAUGCGGCACAGUGGAAUUAUUGUGAAAGCGUUCGAUGGAUCAAGAAAAACAGUCAUUGGAGAAGUUGAUUUGCCUAUUGGUAUUGGACCACACGUAUUCCAGAUCACUUUCCAGGUUAUGGACAUAGUGCCAGCUUAUAGCUGUCUGCUCGGACGCCCAUGGAUUCAUGAGGCGGGUGCCAUUACAUCCACGUUACACCAAAAGUUAAAGUUUGUCAAGAAUGGGCAAAUAGUGACGGUUAAUGGGGAGCAGGCUAUGCUGAUUAGCCACCUUUCAUCGUUUAGUGUGAUAGAAGUAGACGAGACGACUGUUGAAACUCCAUUUCGGACCCUAACCAUUGAUGAUCACAAGAAAAGUGAAGGUUCAAUCGCGUCAUUCAAAGACGCCCAACAGAUUGUCAAGACAGGUCCUACAGAAAUAUGGGGCAAGGUGAUAGAGUUGCCAGAAAACGUUAACCAUACAGGAUUAGGCUUUGUUGGUGGAAAACAAGUGCAGACUUCAAUGGUGCGACCUUUCAAAGAUAUCUUUCACAGCGGUGGGUUUAUCAACAUGGUAGCAGUUGAAGAGGAUACUUUUGAGAAAAAGACAGAAGACGAAGGCCCCAGAUUUGUGACACCAGGACUUUAA